AUGGUUGUGGAGACUACAGCAGCACAGGAGCCGGAUGUGAGCGAGGAGCCCAGACGGCCGCCUUACGCCGAGCUAUUGGACCCAAGUGUGUUCUCACCUGAUCGUGAUGGCAAGUGGCAGAGCAAGUUGGAGGGUUAUGUAUUGACGGCGUACAAUUUAUGUUUAUCUCCGGAUGAGAAGGCGGAGGUGGGGGACCUUAGCCCUAGUCGGUUGGGUGGCCGACAAGUUUCGAUUAACAGUCCGCGUAGUAUAGGAAGUGGCGUGAGUCCGGUGAGUGAGAACAUGCGCCAUCAUGACUUGGACCAUGUUGGUUUCCGUGACCCGUUAUUGAAGGACAUACUAGUUCUAAAGACAGCCUGUAUGGAGACUAUUGGGGCGCAUGUACCCGAAGAUGAUUUCAAGACAUUGCUGAAUAUCCAGCGACUUGCAUACAGGUACUACGCCCAGCAGACGGAGCAGAAUUUGAGUGUAUUGAGUGAUGGAAUCCGCGAACUGACAGCUGUCCAGUUGGAGUUAGUGGUGCGUACAUCAAUGAUGAUGUGCCAGAUAGUUAACUUUGCCGAAGCGGCGCAUCGUGUACGACGUAGAAGAGUUAUGGAGCGCGCUCUGGCGAAUCACAGCCAAGAAAUUAGUCAGGAAGCCCCUAUUGUGCGGGACUACACUCGUUUUGACUUAAGUGUGUGGGGUGUGUUUGCGAAGCUUCAGGGAGCCGGUUACACUCCGGGUCAGAUCCAUGAAGCCCUGAGUCGGCAGCAAGUGGAGUUGGUCCUGACUGCGCACCCUACAGAGGCGAUGCGGGAGGCCAUGCUGGUCGCACUUCGGAGAAUCACUGAGACGAUUUUGAAGCUUGAUACUCCGGACUUAACACCGACUGAAGUCGAGGAGGCGCGGGCGAGUCUGAAGCGACAGAUCGAGGUAUUGUGGGAGUGUGAUCCGCUCCGACGUACGCGUCCUACUGCCUACAGCGAGGCGACAUCGAUAGCGAAUAUUGUGGAAGAUGUUUUAUUUAGCGCCGUCGCCAAGUUCCUUCGCUUCAUGGACCAACGUAUGGCGGAGAUUGGACAACCAGGCAUCCCUGUGGACGCACGUCCCGUGAAGAUCUGCAGUUGGGCCGGUGGCGACCGGGAUGGCAACCCGUAUGUGACACAUCGUCUGACGACACAAGUCGUGACAGCAAAUUAUAUCCGGGGUUGCACACUGAUGUUGCACAAAUUAGAAGGACUGUUUUCUGCAGUCCCACUCGUAAGUUGCUCCGACCAGUUCAGGGAGCUGGUUGAGACCCGUAUUCCGGCCGAGAAGACAAAUCUGUUUGACGUUACACAGAUGCGUUUCCGAGCACAGAUUAACCCGCCUCAUCGUAACGAGUUUUAUCGGCGGUGGUUGUGUUAUGUACGAAGCAAACUUGCCUCCACCCUGGAGUACUACCAGACUCUGGCCAGCGAGCUCAAGGAAGUUGACCACGUCCUGCCUGUCGCUAGGCCGUGGCGCUACGAGCGGUAUUGCACGGCGCAGGAGCUAUUUAACGACCUAAAACAAAUCUACGACAGUUGUCUCACUACAGGCGAUGAACUUAUUGCGGAGGGCGAGCUAAAAGACUUACUUCGGCAAAUCCAGGCCUUUGGACUUAAUUUGGUCGCGCUGGACCUGCGACAGGAGGCAGACCGCCAUCUGGGUUGUCUAAUUGACGUCUGUGCGUUACUCGAACUAGGCGACUACGGGGCGAAGACGGAGUUGGAGAAACAGCAGUUUCUGACAAGUCUGUUGUGUUCGAAACGUGCGGUGCUACCGUGCUGGGCUAUGGAGAAGCUGCCCACCUUGUCGGCCGAGGUAUUACUCACAAUCAAGGAGGCUUCUCGUUUCCCGCGCGAGGCGUUCGGCAGUUACAUUAUUUCCAUGUGCGCAAACGCCAGCGACAUUCUCGCAGUCGCCGUGCUGCAGCGCGAAUUCAUUGAGCCCUGCAACAUGCUCCGCAUCGUGCCCUUGCUCGAGACGGUGGAGGCGCUGCAAGAGUCGCCGCGCAUUCUGCGGGACUUGUUCAGCAACCCCUACUACAGACGACUGAUCAAGGAGCACAUGGAGGAUGUACAGGAAAUUAUGAUCGGUUACUCGGACUCCAGCAAGGACGGAGGCAAGCUGACUUCCACAUGGGAAUUGUACAAGGUACAACUCGAGCUGUGCCGUGUCGCACGCGAAUACGGUAUUGGACUGAAGUUCUUCCACGGCCGUGGAGGCAGCGUGAGUCGCGGCGGUGGACCGCAGCAAUUGGCCAUUCUGUCGCAGCCGCCCGGCACUAUUAAUGGGCGAUUCCGAGUUACAGUUCAAGGCGAAAUUAUCCACCAAAACUUCUGUUACAUUGACACGGCCGUGCGCUCAUUCGAACACUACGCCACCGCCGUUCUGGACCAUGACCUGUCGAAGGACGAAAACCGCGGUGGCCACACCAGCGACUGGGCAUUACUGGAGGAGAUCAGCAAGUCCAGCAUGAAGCGCUACCGCUCAGUAGUUUAUGAGCACCCCCGAUUCAUCGACUAUUUCCGGUCCGCCACGCCGGAAAGAGAACUGGGCCAGCUCAAUAUCGGUAGCAGACCCAGCAAACGCAAGGAAGGUGGUGUGGAAACACUCCGAGCCAUUCCUUGGGUGUUUGCCUGGACCCAGAAUCGCAGUCUCAUGCCCGCCUGGCUUGGUCUUGGUUCGGCCCUGAAGGAGUACUUAGCACAAAGAAAUAACUUCGACAGGAUUGCCGAACUGUACAAGUCCUGGCCCUUCUUCAGAAGCUACGUAGAUCUCGUCUCUAUGACCCUCGCAAAAAGCAGUCCAGAUAUUGCCAAGUACUACGACGAUCACUUGGUCCAAGACCAGGAACUUCUGCAGCUAGGAAACGACAUCCGCGAAGAAAUGCACACCACACACCAAAUGCUGCUUAUGGUCACCGGCGAGAAACGUUACCUGGAUAACGACCUUCUCACUCAACGCGCCCUCGAUGUGCGCAUGCCCUGGAUUGCCCCUGCGAACAUUGUCCAGGUAGAAGUGUUACGAAGAAUUAGAGAGACUCCGGAAGACGAUGAAGAGCGUGCAGAACUGGAGAACGUCCUGCACAUCAGUAUCAAAGCCAUCGCCUCGGGCAUGCAGAACACCGGGUAG